AUGGCUGGCAGGGAGUGUGAGCAUUGUCGCAACCUGGACCGCUCCUUGAAUGGCGAUCGUCAUGAUAGUUCGCCGGAUUCACAUCAUACCCUAGGAUAUCAAGGACAGGGUCAUGGACAGCAGCGAUACAGCAAUGCCUCUCUCCAUGACGAAAAGCAGAGAGAUGGGGGAGAAAAGGGGGGUGAGCGAGGUUCACCGCCCGUGGUUGGUUUCUGGCAUUCGGAACUCGCAAAAUUGAGACUGCAGCUGCUGGGAUUGUGGGCAAGAACCACUUUGAUACUCUGUGUUUUUAUCCUCCUUGUCAUGAGUAUGUACUGGGCGGUAUUGUUCAACGUGGAACAAAACUUGUCCUCGCUCGACGUGUAUGUUGUGGAUUUCGACGGCACUCAAGCACCAUAUACGGGAGUCACGCCUCUUGUUGGUCCCUUGAUCACCCAAACCACCGAAAAAAUGAUAUCGUCUGGACAAUCCGGGGGCCAUUUGGGUUUCAUCACCAUGGAUCCAGCCUUCUUCGACAACGACCCAAUGAACGUCCGGCAAGCUGUGUAUGACUUCAAGGCAUGGGCAGCAAUCGUCAUCAAUGCAAACGCUACAGCGCUCCUCCAACAAGCUGUACAGCAGGGCAAUGCCAGUUAUGAACCUCUGGGGGCCUGUCAAACCAUCUGGGUUGAAGCUCGAGAUCAAGAUACCGUUUAUGACUACAUCCUUCCGUCCCUUACGAGUCUGCAGACGGAAAUCACUUCCAUCUUCGGCCAGAUGUGGACGGGCAUGGUCCUCAAAAACACCAGCAUCCCAAUCACAAACCUACAAGCGGCACCGCAGGCACUCAGCCCAGCAAUCGGCUUCUCAAUGUUCAGUCUCCGCCCCUUUACCCCUCCCGUCACCACCCCAGCAGUCACAAUUGGUCUCAUCUACCUCAUCAUCAUCGCCUUCUUCAGUUUCACCUUCUUCCUGCCCAUCUACACCAAGCUCGUCACACCCGGAGGGCACCCGACCAUCAAAUUCUGGAAAUUCAUCUGCAUCCGCUGGAUCGGCACAGUCCUAGCUUACUUCUUCAUGUCCCUAGCCUACUCAUUCAUCUCUCUCGCCUUCCAAAUUCCCUUUGAUAACCCCACUGCUCCGACUACGAUGGUCGCCAACAACCCCGACGCUUACGGUAAAGGCACGUUCGUCGUCUACUGGAUGAUCAAUUUCAUCGGCAUGAUCGCCCUCGGCCUCGCUUGCGAGAACGUCGCAAUGGCAAUCGGGCAGCCGUGGACGGCGAUGUGGCUUAUCUUCUGGGUCAUCUCCAACGUGUCGACCGCUUUCUACUCCCUGGACUUGGCGCCGAAGUGGUACUACUGGGGCUACGCGUGGCCGUUGCACAACAUCGUCGAAGCGUCGCGGAGCACCUUGUUCGAUUUGCAUUCGAGGAUCGGGCUCAAUCUCGGAGUCUUGUUCGUUUGGUGUGCGAUUAAUACAAUGUUGUUCCCGUUCGCGUGCUAUUUCAUGCGCUGGAAGACGAUGAGGAUGAAGAGGAAGGAGGCCGAGGCGAAGAAGAACUAA